CCAGUGUUCCACUCGCAGAAUUUAUGUUACAAUGCUUCAGUAAUUCUCCUUAUAUCAUAUUUGUGCUUCAGGACUUUCAGCUAGCUUGUUAUCUAUACUUUGUGCAUUAAUUAAUUAAUGGAUUAAACUCCUUGUAUUCAGUUUCCCUUUGCACCUGUAUACCUUUUGUUUCUUUGUUAAAUUAACAGUCAUGACCAUCAAGGCUUUGGCAGCGAUCCCAAUUACUUUCAUGAAUUGGUUUGUCCCUGUUUUAAAGACACCUAAGUUGGUAGCCAACUCAUUAUCUCACCGUAAAAUCCUGGUUGUCACUUAGAAUUAAAUCUGAUUGUCUAUCUUGAACAGAUUUUAAGAAAAACUCCUUAGUCCAGUGGUGGGAUUCAACCGGUUGACAUCACUUUGGCCAAACCGGUUGUUAAAUUGCUGGCUGGCCCUGCCCCACCCCACCCAGCCACCACUUAUUGGCCUCGCACGCCUUGGCUGAUUCCUUAGAGUCACACCGCAGCAUAGCUGCAGCUGCUCUUUGGCUCCCUUGCCUCAACCACGUGGCCAUGCAGCCUGCUUGCCUGCCUUUGCCACGACCUACGAUGUGGCGGCCUCUCGCUCGUCUUGGCCUGCUCCUGAACACCCGCCUCAGACUGCUCCCAACCGCUCCAGCAGUAGAACGGCUGGUGGAAGAAAUAGAGUUUUCCUGUGCAGUACAAGUAUGGGGGUUAAAGGCUUGUAUACAUUUGUGGUCACUGCCUGUCCGGAUGGCUGCCUAGCGAUAAAUCUGAAAGAUGUGGCUGAAAACCAUUGUAGAACGUAUCCUGGAUCUGUUCCUGUCCUUGUAGUAGAUGCUAUGUCUUGUCUUCGACACUGGUAUACACCAGAAUCUUGGGUCUGUGGGGGCCAAUGGCGUGAAUAUCGUUCCAAUUUGGACAGUUUCAUAAAACGCUUUACAACCGCUGGUAUCAAACUAGUAUUCUGUUUUGAUGGCCUUGUGGAGCAAAAAAAGAGAAACGAAUGGGUCCAGCGAAGAUUGAGAAAUAGCAAAGAAAUAGCUAAGAUCUUUGACUUCAUCAAAGCCAAUAAGAAGCAACCUGGAAGGGGAAUGUUCUUUAUACCAUCUGGACUGGCCACAUUUACGCGUUUUGCCUUGAAAACUCUUGGCCAGGAGAUGAUAUGUUCCUUGCAAGAAGCAGACUAUGAAAUAGCAACUUACGCACAAAAGAACAAUUGCAUGGGAAUUCUUGGAGAAGACACAGAUUACCUGAUUUAUGAUACCGUUCCUUAUUUUUCUAUCAGUAAGCUACACUUAGAUUCCCUGGAAACAGUAAUGUACUCAAGGCAAAAUCUCUGCCAUUGGCUUGGUCUCAGUGUCCCAGAUCUUCCCCUUCUUGCUUGCCUCCUUGGCACAGAUACUGUCCCAGAAAGAGCUAUGGAAGGUUUUCGGAAUCAAUGUUUAUCUUCCUAUCGGGCGAAAAGGCAAAGCUGUGACAAGAAAGCAGAUACUAUUAUUGCUGUGGCAAAUUAUAUUUCAACUAUUCCACAUGUUUCUGAGAGUUUGAUGGAUCUGGAAAAAAUGCUGCCUUUGGGAUCAGACAAAUUAAUAUUGCGCAAAGGAAUAGAAUCCUAUCUGCUACCUGAACAGCAUUCUCCGUGGCUUCCUUCUGACUUCACGUCUACAUUACAGUUAGCAGCAGAGCAGAAGAAAUAUUUCCCUGUUUGUUUAGAUCAGGAGAUCUUUCAGAUAGCUAAAGAACAACACAUACGAGCUGAAAAUCAUAUGAUAUACAAUAUCCUAAGCCGUGCAGAACUUGAGUGCAGCAACACACUGGAAGAUGAAUAUGACACAUCCCUUCCUGGACAGGCACUUAUCUAUUGCCCUGCUCGACAGCACAUCUAUUCCAUCCUACUGGAGUCUGCAAAAGAUGCCAGUGGAGCUUAUCCUGUAGUCAAGGAGUGGUUUGUAUAUGCUGGAAAUUCCUUGCGGCAGCCAGACCUAGUACAACCCAAACAACUGCCAGGUGGCAAUCCUAAUUUGAGAACACUGUGGCUCAACAGGAGUGCUGAGGCUGAGAAGCAACGUCUUUGGACAUUUCUGGCAUGCUUUCAACUUCAAGAUUCAGCAGAGGACCUCCGGGCUCUGGAAACUCCUUUCUUUGUUGUCUGUUCCUUGUUACUCUACCUUGUUUUGCAGGUGGACAGCCUCUCUUUAGAAGAUCUGCAUGCAUUUAUGGCUCAGGCUCUGUGCCUGCAGGAGAAAUCAGCUGCUCAGCUUGCAGACUUGCAGGUUGCCCAAAUUGACCCAAGAGCAGUACAGCUUGGUUCUCUCUUUGUCCGGGGCCUUGGCGUGUUGGUGAUGGCCAAUAGUGCCUGUGGUUUCCCCUUUCAAAUGGAUGAUUUGAUGCCGUGGCAUGUAUUUGAUGGAAAACUUUUUCAAGAGAAAUACCACCAAGCUCAUAGCGGAUGCCCUUUAUAUCAGCUCCUGGAACACAAUGAGUUACGAUGCACAAAGUUUCAGAAUCUGUUGGACCUGAUUUGCAAAGCGAGCGUAGCAAAUGGGAGGACAAUCCAGAGCAGACCAAGACCAAGCAGCUUCAUGAUAAGGAAGCAUGGAAGGGGCAAAGGUUCUGACCGGAGGCUUCUGAGCAGAAAUCCAUCUCAUUCUUAUCAGCCCCAAUGCAGGGAAAGCCAGUGGGGACAGCGUGAACAAACUGGUUCCUUCUCUGAAUUUCAGCCCUCAGGUUCACAAUAUAGACCAAGACACCAGUCCUUGAGGGGACAAUUCCAGUUUGCUCCUCGGUGGCCAAGAUGACGCUCCUCAGGGCUAUGAAUGAAUAGGAGUUUGAGCAGAGAAGUUCUGUUCUUAUAAUGUAUGCAUUUCAUUGUUCGAAUAAAUGGGUUUUUUGAUUGAUUUGUUUUUAUGAUUUGCAAAGCUUAAUGAGGCACAUUAUCUCUUUCACAAAAUAAGAUGUAAGAAUUGCCUUUCCCUUUAAAGUUGCAUUUUUUUCAUAUUGUUGCACCGUUGGCAACAGGCUUUCUUUCUAAAUAAAUAGGGUUUUUUUCAAAAUCUACAACUCAAAUAUACAACUACAGGUAGUCCUUGACUCGCAACCAUUCAUUUAGUUUGAAGUUACAAUAGCACUGAAAAAUGACCUACAACCAGUUUUCAUGCUUACAACUAUUGUCCAGGGCCACAUGAUCAGAAUUUCAGCACUGUUAACACAUGUAUAGGUAGUCCUUGACUUAACAACAGUUCAUUUAGUGACCAUUUGAAGUUACAACAGCACUGAAAAGAAUGAUUUUUUACCAUAGUUCACACUUGCGACCAAGGGAGCAUCCCAGUGGUCACGUGAUUUACAUUCAGAUGCCUGACAACCGACUCAUCUUUAUGACCGUUGCAGAGUUCAGGAGUCAUUUUGCGACCUUCUAACAAGCAAAGUCAAUGGGUAAACCUGAUUCACUUAAAAACCAUGUUACUAAUUGAACAACUGCAAGGAUUCCCUUAUCAAAUGUGGCAAGAAAAGUCGUAACAGUUCGCUUAGCAAAUGUUUCAGUUAACAACAUAAAUUUUGGGCUCCAUUGUGGUCGUAAGUUGAGGACUACCUGUAUUUACAGCAGUCAGAUUCCUGGGGCCAUGAAAGAGUCCUUUGCGACCUUCUCAGCCAGCUUCUGACAAACGAAGUCAAUAGGGGAAAGUGGAUUCUCUUAACCACUGAGUAAGUUAUUUAACAACUGCAGUGAUUCGCUUAAUAACCAACUGGUUAUUGAGGUAAUCCUCAACUUAUCAUCAAUUUUUUAAUGACCAUUUGAAGUCAUAACAGCUUUGGAAAGGAUGCUUUAUGGUCUAUAGAGCAUUUCUGGCCAUUGUAAAAUGUUGCGCUGCCUCCCCGCCCCAGUGUUCAUGUGACCAUAUUUAGGGCACUUGACAACCCGCUCUCAUUUACAUUGGGUGCAGUUUCCCAUGGUCAUGUGAUGAUGAUUUGAGGUGAGGGUUUUUUAAGCUGGUUUCCAGAUUUUUUGCUGGUUUCUGGCAAAAACCGGCCAUUUGGGAGAGUACAUUUGAUUUACAUCCGCUGUUUAAAAAAAACUGUCAAAAAUUGGUCAUCGGUGCCUCAAGUUACAACUACUACAACUUAUAUCCAAAUUCCAAUCCCAAUUGCAGUCAUAAGUCAAAGAAUAACAUAAUAUAACAUAAC